AUGACCCACAGGUUGCUGGCCAAAGGAGGCGUCGAUAUGGAAGCGUUGUCGCCUAGGGAUGCAAAUGCGAGACAGACGGUUCCCAAAGCCAUGGACGUGAAGACCAAGGCCACCCCCCAACUCAAGGUGUCGAAGGAGAAGGACCACCCACCGCCGCCGCCGGAUAAUGUUCUUGAGCCGAGUAGUGUCGACCGUCCUGAUGGGGCCGUCUACCAGGUUGGCAAGAUGCUUGGCAAAGGCGGCUUCGCCAUCUGCUAUCAGGGGUACUUGUUGCCGACGAGGCAUAAGUAUGCUCUGAAGAUUGUCAAGAGCCAGAUGCCAUCAAAAAUGCAGCAAAAGUUUCAAACCGAGCUGCAGAUUCACUCGAAGAUGAGAAACAAGAACAUCGUCCAGUUCCUCCGCGCGUUUUCCUACGAAAACUGUACCUAUCUUGUGCUUGAGCUCUGUCCCAACGGCUCUCUCAUGGACAUGGUUAAGAAACGAAGAGGGCUGACGGAGCCCGAGGUUCGCUUCUACUCGGUUCAAGUAGCUGGCGCCAUCAAGUAUAUGCACGACAAGGGGAUUAUCCACCGUGACCUCAAGAUGGGCAACAUCUUCCUAGACCGCAAUAUGAAUGCCAAGGUUGGCGACUUUGGCCUGGCUGCUCUGCUCGUCACUGGCAAAGACAUGCACACCAUUCGUCGGACGACCUUGUGCGGGACACCCAAUUAUAUCGCGCCUGAGAUUUUGGAAAAAGGCAAGAAGGGACACGACCAUAUGGUUGACAUAUGGAGCCUGGGUAUUAUAAUGUUUGCCAUGCUCACGUCCAAGCCUCCCUUCCAGUCUACGAGCACCGAAGAAAUCUACCGCCGAGCUCGGGAACGAGACUACGAAUGGCCAAGCUCAGAGACUACACAAAAAUACAUUAGCCUGGAAGCGAAGGACAUCGUCGCCUCAAUGCUUGAGGAUGCCGAUAGGAGACCAGACCCAGACACCAUAGUUCAACACCCCUUCUUCACCUCUGGCUACAUGCCUGUCGAUGCGGACAUGACGCCGAAACUCCUCACUUUGCCUCCGGACGAUCCCCAUUUCUACACGACCCGCUUGGACUCGAGGCUUCGAGCGGCAUCGGUCCAAAAUCUAAAAGGCAUGUGCAACGAAUGCGGAGUAGGUCCGUGGUCUCAGCACCAGGUUAUCCAUACGCAAACGUGGAAAGAGAUGGCUGCGGAAGAAAAAGCUGGACUCACACCAGCUAUCCCACUGGCACCCGAUGUGGUUUAUAGGCCAUUCGACCAAUGGUUGAGGGAGCAGAAGCAGCACCAGGGGGGCGUGCUAAGCCACUCGUUGUUACGCUCGCAGGGGAGGCCCGAGCCGCAUCUGGCCGCGUCUCAGACAGCACCCAGUGGUGGUCUGAUGCGAGCGCCUCCACAAAGCUUUGCGGCUCAACAGAGGGCCCAGAGCCGGCCUGCUGCCUUGCCAAGUACGGCCAGAGUGAGAACACAGCAGGAUGCGAACCUGCAAGCAGCGCAGACCGUCAGGCCAGGAGUGGUAAGGCAAUAUACGGAAUCCGAACCGGAGCCUGAGCAGCCGACGAAGACGCUCGAACAUCCGCCACAGAAGACGUCCACUGUCAGGAAAGCGCCGCUGGCCAAGGCGCUGUCUAGCAUGGCGGUCAUGAGCCUCGGCUCAUCUUCCAGUAGCAAUAACGCCAUGACAGCUCCCAGCCAGACCUCAAGAGCAGCAAACCUGACAUCACUAUUCAGCCCGUCCGAACAUCCGGUGCCAGUGUCGGGCUCCCAACCGGAUAUCAUCCUAGACCGACUACGCCGGUUACAGGCUGAACUGGAACGGGCAUUAAAUGCACGCACGAUGGCCAUCAUCUCGGCCAAGGAUAAGACACCACCACACCCACACGUUGUCGUCAAGUGGGUAGACUACAGUAACAAGUUCGGCCUUGGAUACAUUCUCAACAACGGCAGUGUUGGCUGCGUCUUGCGAGACAUUCCAACCACCGACACCGGAAAACUCGCCACGCUGCCGUCUGCAUGCAUGCUCGUCCGAAACGCGGAGAGACACAUCGAGCGUCGUCAGGAUGAGACGUACCCUGAGCGUCAUCAACCAGUACCACCAAGGGAGAAGGUUCAUUUCUUUGAGAGCAACGGCGAGGCCGGCCUCAACCGCGUUAGCGUACCUGCCCGUCAGUUCCGGGUGCCGGUCAAUGAGGACGGGACAGCCGGAAAGUUGAACCCCGGCGCGGAUUUAUACGAGCACAGGAAGAGGGAGCGGGUCAUCCUCUGGAAGAAAUUCGCCAAUUACAUGAUAGCGUAUGGGAGGGACGAGACGGUCCCAUCGGAGGACGACAACAACAACAAGAGCGACCAGGAGAGCCCGGAGAAGGAAGAUUUCCAACCGGACGACUUGGUAACGUUUUACCAACGCAUCGGCGACGUGGGUUGCUGGGUUUUCUGCGAUGGCCACCUCCAAUUCAACUUCCCAGACCACACCAAGAUCGUCCUCAACGCGACCGGAACGUGGUGCCAUUUCUGGCAUCUGCCGGAGGAGGCAGCACUCAAUCUGGCGGAGAACGGGACAUUGACGUCGACGGCUCUAGAUGAGCGGGCCAUGCUCUCUUACCCUCUGCAGACCCUCCUUAACUUCCAGACCAAGCCGUCGACCACUCGAUCGACUCGCACGACCACGACAACCCGUCGGCGUCCCGAGAUACCGGCGGAACUACAGGGGAUCCCCGCCGCGAACGAUUUCCGGCCCAAGAUUGAGUUCAUCAAGAACGUCGUGAAGGAGUGGGUGACCAACGGCGGGCUGGGCAACAGCGCCAUGAGCCGCCAAGAGCGGUUGCGCUGGACCGGCUAUCGGGAGACGGUCAACGUCCCCAUCCCGACCAAGAUGGUCUGGGUCACCGUCGGCGCCCGUUGGGGGGACAAGAGACGCUCGGCCUAUGUUGAUCCGCGGAAGCCGUCCGAGUUGGGAGAGGAGAUUGACGAGUCGAAGAGGAAGGAGAGGACCCAGAGUGGCAGAUGA